AUGGCACAUCGAAGGCGGGGACACCGUGGCAGCCAACUUCUCCUCGGCCUGGUCGGCGUCUUUGGCGCGAUGCGGCUGAUGGCGGAGAGGAUGGAGGUCGGCUUUGCGGGUUGGAAUAUUGUGGAUCAGAUGGGUCUUGGUCCUGGAGCGCUCCCGAGGCUGAGAAGGACGGGCGGUUCGCUGGUGCCACAUGCCGCCACGGCAAAGGCUGUUGCAGUGAGACUCUCGCAAGCAGUAGGCCCGGAAGGCCGCGACGCGGCCUUCAUGGAGCGUUUGCGCUGCCUGGCACGGGAGGCGCUCAGCUGGAGCUGGCUCACUCCGCAGCAACGGCUGGUGUGGGCUGCGGCCAUCGAGCUGGAUGCGGUACCUUUGCAGGAGCUUCCACCGUGGUUCUGGGAGCGGCAGAAC